UGUUCUGUGUGCUCUAUGCUUUGUGCACGUGCAUCUCUGCUCCUAGCUAAUCUGUUCCUACACUUGUACCUGUAUGUAAAUGUCAAAGAUAGAUGUGAAAUUCUCCCCAGAAGUAAUGCCUUCUGUUUCUUUCCAUGGAAAUAACAACAGAUACAAAGAGCACAAUAACUCUAUUUGGUAGAGCACAUUCUCAGCUGCAAACCACUCCUUAUUAACGUAGCCACUGCUAUUAGUUUGGUAUUUUUGUCAGUGAUGAACAAGAGCUGCAUGUUGAACUUGCAAGCACCUGCACCAGUGGAGGUGCUCCAUAGUCACUGUGCCACUGCACCUCUCACUGUGCCACAGCCACCGGUUGGGUGCCAGAAACACUCAUCAGGUGCUGAUGAAUGUCAAUGGGUGCUGUUUUUUUCCACAUGGACAGGUUCAUCCCCUGCUGCCAUCCUAUCAACGUCCACCUUUGACACCAUGGGCUGAUGUCACAAAAUAGGAAGCAUUACUUUCAGAGCAGCCCGGUUGAGAGGGGCUGAGUGAUAUCCAUGUGUUGGAGAAAGGUGUUCUGGUUUGGGGGGUUUCUAAUGGGAAUGUGUCGGCGUGGAGGUGCUGUUAAGGGCUGUGUGCUGUUCUCCAGCUCGUUUCCCAGAGCCGUGCCGUGCACAGCCCGCUGACGGCUGAUUGACUUUCGUUUGCAGAAUGCUCUUAGCAAGCCAGAAACUAUUUCAAACAGAGCCAAAAUCUCAACCAUGUGUUGUCAUCCCCAGAAUUACAUUCAUCAGGGAAGAGGGGGAAAAAAAAAAACCCAAAAACCAUUUAGAAAAACCCCCUCUGGGAAAUGAUGAAUUGGUAAACAAGUAAAAGGCGAUUGUCAUCUGUGUGCACCCUGCAGAGGGAAUUCCACGGCCCCACCGCAGUCAUUGAGACUUUCACCGCCGCGCUGCUCCAGCAAUGCUGCACCAAAGGGCUCCUUCAGCAACAGCGACGGCUCUGCAGCCCAUCUCCCUCCUCUCCCUGGUGUUGGCGUGGGGCUGCGUGGCAUCCUCUUCCCCCUGGCACACAGCAGUUGCUCCUCCACAAGACCUUCAGAUCACUGAUCCUGGGCUUUUAGGUUCUCUCGAUAUAGAGUGGAAACCUCCAUCCAACACACAGACCUCCAAUGAAUGCACAGUGAAAUACAAGUGUGAAUACCGUAACACCGGUGACAGAGAAUGGAAGGUUAUUUUUACUAGGAAACUAAAACUCAGAGUUGGAUUUGACCUCAGCAGGACUGCUGAAGUGAAGGUCCAGACCCUGCUCAAAGGAUGGUGUACCAACGACGUGGAGGUUCAGAGUGAAUGGGUUUAUGCCACCUUUCGGGUCCCACUGCAAGGGAAAGUGGAAUCCAAGGUUCAGGAUUUUCAUUGCGUCUAUCAUGACUGGGAAUACCUGAAGUGCACGUGGCAACCAGGCAUCCUUGCUCCUCGUGGUAUAAAUUAUGGACUAUUCUAUUGGUACGAGGGUCUGGAGCAUGCGGUGCAGUGCGACAACUACAUCCAGCAUCAUGGAAUAAACAUGGGCUGCGUGCUGCAAAACCUGAGCCAGGCAGAAUACAAAGACCUGAGCAUCUGUGUCAAUGGGUCGGUGGCAGCCACCUUGCUGAGGCCGCUGUAUGCCACCCUGCACCUUCACAACCUGGCCAAGCCUUCACCCCCCCAGCAGCUGGUGGUCUCCAUGUCUGCAGCCGAGGAGCUCCACAUGGCUUGGAGCCCACCUGGUGGCCAAACACCACCCCAGUGCCUGGAGUACGAGGUGCAGCUGGCAGAGGAGCAGGGGGAAGCCAAGGCUGCCUGGGUGUCCAUGUCCAUCCAAGUGGAAACCACUUUCUCCAUCUCCAGAGCAAAUCAGAGCCGCAUUUCUUGUGUCCGUGUCAGAGGAAGAACAAACAAUUUCUGUGCUGAUGAGGGCUUCUGGAGCGAAUGGACGCAGGAGUGCUUCUCUGUGUCCAGAAAAGAAGUCAAGCAGCUAUUUAUCCUCAUUCCAAUCAUCCUGGGGUUGUCAAGUAGCCUUUUAAUAUUUACUUUGAUUGGCCAAUGCAAGAAAAGAUCCCCAGCAGGAAAACCAUUGCACCCGUUGGUGGGAUGCUAACUGCACCCAUGGCUGCUGUGUUUGAUGGGAUGCUCUCACAUCAUCCCAAGGACAGCCAAGAAGCCUGGUGCUUUCUAGGCCAGCGUGGGUCUUCCCUGCCCUGUGUGAGGCUGGUAGUCACAAUGCAAUCCUCAACAGGCCCAGGAAAACAUGGGAGGAGCUGUAAACUGACCGGAGCAAACUGUUUCUAAUAACAAGGCAAAGGAGAAAAAGGAGGCAUGGAAUUUGUGAUGAAUAAAGAUAACACGUUGCUCUGCGGGUUCUA